UUUAGCACUAAUCCUCAUUUCAAUCAGCUCAGCCAUCCAUGCAAGAAGUCACGCUACAGUUUCUUUGAUCCGGAUUGUUUCCUCCAGCCAUGAUUCGGGUUUCUGCACCGAUGUUUGUGCUGCUGCUGUUUGUGCUGCAGGCUGUCGCUGUGCUGAUGGCCAACUCUGAACACAGUUCACCUAAAAAGCGAAGAAUGUGCAUUUUCCCUACGAUGGUGAUGGAAAAUAGAGAUUACACUAAUUUAGACUACAUUACCAAAGUUUACUCAGAAUAUGAAAAUGUUACCUACUCCCUGACAGGUGUUGGGGCAGACAAGUACCCCUUCAAUGUGUUUGUGAGCAACCCUCAUACUGGAGACAUACGUUUGACCCAAGUUCUCGACAGGGAAUUCAUCGACUAUUAUUCUGUUAGUGAUUCUGUUCUAUUGUACCUUGUUAUUGCAUUCAUAAGAUUUAACACUUUUUCCUUUAUGUGUUAAAUGUUGAAAUAUUUAGCAACAAUUUGCUAAACUCUUUAAUAAACUUUAAUUUAUUGCCACUUUACUA